UCUCCCCCUCCCGCCGGUACACGAGCGACCAAGGCCAGGGAUUCCUUUGCAUCCUCGACCCCUGGCUCUGGGACCGGCCCCGGGAGAAGACGCCCCCAACCCCCACUCCUGCCCUGGAGAGAAGAAAUUGCGCUCUCACGUCCCAGAGUGAGAAGCUCCCGGCCUGGGGUGCCUGUGCCCCGCCCCCCCAAAGGCGAGGGUCUCUCUGUUAAGGAGGAACACCGGGACAGCCAUAACUUCCUUCCUCCUGAGCUCCCUGUCCCCGUCUCCGUCUCUAUCCCCUACAAUCCCGUAUUUAUUUCCUUGGCCCCAGCCAGCCCCUCCAUCUCUGUCUCCGGGAUUCAGGCCUCCCUCUCUGACAUGGAGAGUAACCUGUCUGGCCUGGUGCCUGCCGCUGGGCUGGUGCCUGCGCUGCCACCUGCCGUGACCCUGGGGCUGACAGCGGCCUACACCACCUUGUACGCCCUGCUCUUCUUCUCCGUCUAUGCCCAGCUCUGGCUGGUCCUUCUGUAUGGGCACAAGCGUCUCAGCUAUCAGACGGUGUUCCUGGCACUCUGUCUGCUCUGGGCCGCCUUGAGAACCACCCUCUUCUCCUUCUACUUCCGAGAUACUCCCCGGGCCAACCGCCUGGGGCCCUUGCCCUUUUGGCUUCUCUACUGCUGCCCUGUCUGCCUGCAGUUCUUCACACUGACGCUCAUGAACCUCUACUUUGCCCAGGUGGUGUUCAAGGCCAAGGCAAAACGUCGGCCAGAGAUGAGCCGAGGGUUGCUGGCCGUCCGAGGGGCCUUCGUGGGGGCCUCGCUGCUCUUUCUGCUGGUGAAUGUGCUGUGUGCUGUGCUGUCCCGCCGGCGCCGGGCACAGCCCUGGGCCCUGCUGCUGGUGCGCGUCCUGGUGAGCGACUCCCUCUUCGUCAUCUGCGCACUCUCUCUUGCUGCCUGCCUCUGCCUGGUCGCCCGGCGGGCACCCUCUACUAGCAUCUACUUGGAGGCCAAGGGGACCAGUGUGUGCCAGGCGGCCGCAAUGGGUGGCGCCAUGGUUCUACUCUAUGCCAGCCGGGCCUGCUACAACCUGGCUGCCCUGGCCUUGGCCCCGCGGAGCCGGCUGGACGCCUUUGAUUAUGACUGGUACAACGUCUCUGACCAGGCGGACCUGGUGAACGACCUGGGGAACAAAGGCUACCUGGUGUUCGGCCUCAUCCUCUUUGUGUGGGAGCUGCUGCCCACCACCCUGCUGGUGGGCUUCUUCAGGGUGCACCGGCCUCCACAGGACCUGAGCACCAGCCGCAUCCUCAACGGCCAAGUGUUUGGCUCCCGUUCCUACUUCUUUGACCGAGCUGGGCACUGUGAGGACGAGGGCUGCUCCUGGGAGCACAGCGGAGGCGAGAGCACCAGCAUGUCGGGCAGCCUAGGCUCUGGCAGCUGGUACGGCGCCAUCGGGCGUGAACCGGGCUGGUGCGGGGGCAGCCAGACGAGGACCACUCCCCUGCUCUUCUCCCAGGUGCCAGGACCAGGCAGCCACCACCACAGUCUCUACUCCACCCCCCAGACGUGAUGGUCCUCCACCCCCCCAGAAUACCCAGACCCUAGUCCCCCCUCACCCCAGACCCCUGUGCCAAGUUUGUCUGCUGCUUCUUGCCCAGGAUCCCAGGGGCAGUGGCCGCCCUCUCCCCUGGCCGGCUCCUUACUGCUCCUGUCAUAGUGAGCUUGUGCCACCCCCCUCGGGUAGGGGGCAUGGCCCUGGCUGCCAGAUGCCCAUAGCACCUUGGCAUGACCUGCCACCUCUGCUUCCACACUGGAGCCAGCUACCUCUCCUGUGCCUGCCACUCAAUAAACAGUGUCUGCCCCACA